AUGGAUGUCACGUUCAAGCCUGGGGCGAGCACCUUGGAGGCUGCAUGGGAGCUUCAGUCAUGGACAGAUUCCCCUAAGACAGAGGUGGUACCUAUUUCGACCCCUUCUGAGGCCACGACGGCUCCCCCAGAUACUGACCAGGUUGCUAAAUCGGAAUCUUUGCUGCCCUCAAAUGUGCCAACUCCGAAAGCCAAAUCACCUCUCAUCGAUGGAAUUUCUGGGGGUUUCAACCAUGAUGACACAAAUGCGCUUGUCGGAAGUCCAAAUACGUCCUUUCAUGGCUCUGAUGCUCACAUGAGUACAUCGCAAUGCAACGGUUCUACAAACGUGAAAUCAUUAGAUUCGAUGGAUACCACGCCAGACUCUUCGGCAUUUUUGAAUCAUACGCCUGAUGCAUUACCCAUUUCAAACACAGUACAGCCCAAGAGACAACACGAGGACUUCGGACCACUACUUGCUAUAGGAACACUCCGGCAGACAGAUUCUCAAUUACAAGACGUUCAGCUGCUGGAAGCACAUCAUUGGAUCCGCUACCAGGCUCUCCAUGGAAGUUCCAAUGCUAGAAUUUAUGUCGACCCAAGACUUGCCCAUCAAAACAACACACAGCGCUCCAUCAAAAACUUGAGAAACGCUUUCAAAGUAGUGAUGUCCAAGAUCGACCCUUCACCUGAGGCUUGGCACGGGAAGAGAGAUUCAAAUAACUCAGACGCACUAUCCAGUGGCGAGGAUGAUGAAUCGUUGUGGUACAUAUUCAACACUUUACAAGAUCCAAACCCACAAGUGGACACUGUCAAAGACGGCCCCUCGCGCAAAGCCAUGUCAUAUUUGUUGUCUGAUGAAGAUUUCUCAGAGUAUGGCCUGAAGAGUCCUCUCUAUCCGUACCAGCGUCGCUCAGCUGCCAUGAUGGUGCAACGGGAGGUGCAGCCGGCGCGAAUGCUUGAUCCGCGUCUGCAGGCGUGUUCCAGUCCAACGGGUCUUGAAUAUUUUUACGACAAGGAAGAUGGAUGGAUUACCCUUCAGAAGGAGAUGUAUGAUGAGGCUGUGGGAGGUAUCCUUGCAGAAACUAUGGGCUGCGGGAAAACAUUGAUUUGUCUUGCCGUCAUCUGGGCCACCCGAGGGCAUUUUCCAAAAAUACCCAUUGAGUACUUACCGGAAAUACCUGUCCGUGAACAGACAGGAUCUCUCAUGGAGAUGGCAGCCGCUGCAGCCGGACGAAAAUCCCUGCCCUGGAAAGCCCAUUUCAUUGAGACAGAACAAGAUGGCCAACUUUAUAGCCGCUGUGUCAAGGCCUGUGAAACUAAUCGUGGAUUUUACGAGAUUGCGCCGCCUGCGAUAAGACACCAAGUCCGGCUGACCACGACUUUUACACGUCCUCCGCCAAAGCGCAUUCGCCUCUGCUCUGGAACACUGGUCAUCGCCCCCAACAACUUGGUUGAUCAUUGGGUUCGCGAGAUCAGUGUCCACACUGAAGGUCUCAAAAUCCGAGUAUUGCGACAAGGAGCUGAUAAAACACCAUCAGCAGACGAACUUCUGGAGUUUGACAUUGUGCUCUUCUCAAAGACUCGCUUUGAACGAGAAGUGGGCGAGCCUGUCAAUAAUCGGCGCAACACAUUUGUCCAGGUUGACUCACCCCUGACAGAGCUCCACUGGCUUCGUGUCAUUGUCGAUGAAGGGCACAAUGUCGCAGGCCAUGGCUCGAAGACUAACAUGAUUCACAUGCUCGGUCAGCUGCAUUUUGAGCGUCGUUGGGUCAUCUCUGGAACACCAUCUGAGAAUCUCAUCGGACUGGAAGUUAGUCUUGCAUCUCACGAGGCUUACACCAGCGACACAGAAUCUCCUGAAGAGAUCGCUGCGGCUGUACUGCAAGGCCGCAAGAAGACUGGAAGUGCGAGCGAGAGGGAGUUGAAAGAUCUGGAUAGACUGCGGCGCAUGGUGAUUGAAUUUCUAGAUCUGAAGCCUUGGUCGAAUUGUCCUACCGAUUGGACGAAAUACGUCAAACCGAAGGGCAAAGAUGGUACCCGACGAAAAUCUCCAGCCAUUCGUGCCACACUGCAAGGUCUCGUGGUGAGACAUCAGGAUGACACUGUCAACCGUGAGAUCACUCUUCCAAAGCUCUACAAUAAAACAGUCCAUUUGGAACCGACUUUCCACGACCGGCUGUCGAUCAAUUUGUUCCUAUUCGGUCUUGCUGUGAAUUCCAUCACAUCGGAGCGUCAAGGCCCAGAUUACAUUUUCGACCCUAGUAAUAGGAGGCACCUCAAUCAGACUAUCACCAAUUUGCGCCAGGCUGGCUUCUGGUGGGCAGGAUCAGAAACGGACCCUCAGGAAACCAUCAACCAUGCGCUCAAGUACAUGGAAGUCAACCGAGAGAAGAUGAAACCCCCGGAUAUUGAGCAGUUGAGCCGCGGAAUGGAUAUCGCCCGUCUGGCAUUGGAAUGCAGUAGCUGGUGCGAAUUCAAACAGCUACAUGAGCUUGGUGUUUUUAUCAGAGACUUCCCAGCAGACCACAAAGCCCACUGGGCACUUGAUCGCGCGAACCCAGACCGGGAGCCGCUACUUAUGGGCAUCACCCAAGCUCGUCAUGCCCAGCAAUUCGUUACGGAACAUCUUCGGGCACACGAUCCUUCUGACGGAUUGUCUUCAAGAGGUCUCAGGGUCAGAUUUGAACUCCAGAAGCGUGAUAAAGGGGCUACUGCCACGAAGGGUGCACCAGAGUCGACCAAUACAUCUGCCGUCCCUGGGCAAAUGAGCCAUGGCGCGAAGCCUAAGAGCAACAAGUCCCCAAAGAAGACUUACUCUCGCAAGAUCCUGAGGAGUCUUUCCAAGGAUUCACCCCUCAUGAAGACCCACUUCAUCGCCACUGCCUCCGCGAAGCUCACGUACCUGCUGGACCGAGUAUGGGAGCUUCAAACGCAAGAAAAGAUCAUCAUCUUUUACGACAACCCCAACACCGCCUUCUGGAUAGCCGAAGGUCUCGAACUCCUCGGCAUCGAGUUUCGUAUCUACGCAAGUACACUGAAAACUGAUCUUCGCGAACAGUAUUUAAAUCUGUUCCGUGAAACAAGUGAAGUUCGCGUCCUCCUUAUGGAUCUACGACAAGCCUCCCACGGUCUCCACCUUGUACAAGCCUCUCGAGUAUUCAUCGUUAACCCCAUCUGGCAACCAACCGUCGAAAGCCAAGCUAUUAAACGUGCCCAUCGACUUGGCCAGACCAGGCCAGUCUACGUCGAAACACUCGUUCUCCGAGACACAUUGGAAGACCGCAUGCUCCGCCGACGAAAGGAAAUGUCAGAGGCUGAGAUGCAGAAUGCGGAGAAGAGUCUACUUGAUGACCACGCUAUGAGCGACAUCAUUCAGCGAGAGCCUUUCCUGGCCAUGCCUGUUGAAGGAGAUUCCGAGAUGGCGCUUUUGCAGUAUGCCACUGGAUUCUUUGAUAAACAUUCCCUUCCAAUUCCCGAUGAGGAAGUUGAGGGCAAGCGAGAUCUAUUGAAGCGGACUCAGCAGAUGGAAGAGUCCGAUGCUGACUCCGAUGCAUUUCCUCCGGUAAGCCCUACGCCUAAGAGACCGCGCAUUGGUUUUGCAUCAUCUGUCCAAGUUUUCGAGGAUAUCGAUGGGCCUUUACCCAAGGGGACCCCAAAGAAGUCUCCAGAGAGGCGGGUAUCAUUGUUCAAUCCCGGGUUGUAA